AUCCAUGUAACGAAAUAACAGUUAAGUUUUAAAAUAUUUUAUAAAUAAAUUAUGAAUUUUGUGUAAUGUCUGUAAAAAAAACAAUAAACUAUAAGAAUUAGAAGCUCGUGUAUUAUAUUAAUAUGGGAAAGAUAGUACAUUUUAAGAUUUCGUAAAUUAGAAAUAGGAAUUUUGGAAUAAAGAAAUUAAAAAUGAGAAAGAAAUUAAUUUAGAAAAUUUCAGUUUUGGAUAAAUUGAUUAACUUUCUCAUAUUUUCAAAGAUUAUUUUAAUUGUUAAUUAUUUGAAAUAUAAAAUAUAAGAGGAAUUAGAUAAAACCUAUAAUAUUGAUUUCUUUUUAUGAAAUAGAAAUUAUAUUAAGAAAAUAAUUUAUUUAACAGCUGGAAAAUAGCUAUAUUUUCUUGAAAAUUAAAUUCAAAAAAAAAAAUUCGCCUCUUUAUAAAUCUAAAUUUAGAAAAAACAAUAAAACAUGUAAGUUAAAAUCCAAAUACCAAACCCCAAUAAAAACAAAGGCUUUUUUCAAAAAUUAUGCGAUUUUUAAGGUCCUAUAUAAGUAGGGCAAUUUUACAAAUCAUAAAAUUUUACCUUUUUGAAGAAAAAUAAAAAGUGAGUAUCAAACACAGCUCUUUUUUAAGAUAAAAAUUAUUUAAAUAUCAUUCCCUAUUAAAAAAAGAGAAAACUUUUUGAAUUUAAAUUGCUUUGUUAAAUCUAAUACUUCUCUCGCUUAUUAUUAUCCUAACUAUUAGACUAUUUCUUUCAUAAAAAUAAAAACCUUCCAAAUUUUAAAU